AUGUCUACAACAUUUACCAUGCCAAAUAGGCAGCUUGCAUGGCUCAUCACAGGCUGUUCCUCGGGAUUCGGUCUUGCCCUUAUCAACAUAGUACAGUCACACGGACAUAAAGUGAUUGCAACUUCAAGAAACCCUUCCCGCACCCCUGAGCUUGUCGCUGAAGUUGAGAACAGAGGUGGGAAGUGGCUCAAGUUAGACGUAGAAGAUGCAAACUGCGCGCAUGUCAUCAAGGUUCUCGAAGCGUCAGGCCAGCAAAUCGAUGUUCUAGUCAAUAAUGCAGGGUCUUCUAUUCAUGCCUGUGUUGAACAAUUCACAGAAGAGGAAGUACGCCGCCAGAUGGAGUCAUUGUAUUUCGGGCCCGCCAGGCUUAUUAGGGAGGCGGUGCCACAUAUGCGCAAACGAAGAUUCGGCGUUGUGGUGAAUAUGAGUAGUGGAGCGGGAUUGGAAGGGAGGGAGAGCAUGGGUGCUUAUGCGCCAGCUAAGGCCGCGCUUGACGGCGUGUCAAAGGUUCUAGCAAAGGAAGUUUCUGAGUUCAACGUCCGUGUCUUAAUUGUCUCGCUCGGAGCUUUUAACACUAACAUGGUAAACGCCGUCACCACUAGCAAAAAUCCCAUGCCAGAGGACUACCAAGGCACUAUUGUUGAAAAGACCAUUGACGCUAUGGGUAGCGGGAGCUUUAAACCCGAAGGCGAUAAGGAUAAGGCUGUUAAAGUGAUAUAUGAGGUUGUGAUGGGGGAGGGUGUUGGAGUAGGACGGGAAGGCGAGAGGUUCCUUCCGCUUGGUAGAGACCUAGCAGCGAGAGUCAAGCAGGUGCAGGACCAAUACUCUCAUAGCAUGGAAUUAGUAUCGCAGAACAAGCUACUGGUGUAA